AGUGACAUCAGGCGCGGGCGGCGGCGCGGCGCGGGCGGCGGCAGGGACCCGUGGCCUUGGGAAUGUGCACAGAUGAUGGAGAACAAGGACUUGGAAGCUGAGAUCCGCCCCUUGAAAAAAGAAGACAGGAAGUUGCAGGGGACUCUGGGAACCCCGGCGGGCAAGGAGGACCCCCUGAAGGGCACCCCACAGCUGUCCCACCUGUCCCGCUGCCGCACGGUGGUCUUCUUCCUCUCUCUCUUCAUCUGCCUCUUCACAGUCUUCGUGGUCUCCUUCAUCGUCCCCUGCCCAGAGCGGUCUGCGUCCCAGGGGACGUGGAGGAUCAACUUCAGCCAAGCAGUUACCUACGACUUCCUGGGCAUACAGGACGUGAACAGGGACAGAAUCCAAGACAUCCUCAUUCUUUAUAAGAGCACAAACAGCAGCAACGCGUCCAGCGGAUUCUGCUUGGAGGAAGGCUUCGCCUCGCCCUGCACUUUUGUGGCCGCCCUGUCAGGAGCCAAUGGCAGCAUACUCUGGGAGAGGCCAGCAGCCCAGGACAAGGCCCUCGUGGACUGCGCCGACCCCCCUCCAGAACCCCAUGCGGCGGCCCCUGCCUGCUUUCUCCUGGGAAGAUCCAGCUCCCUGAUGGCCGUGGACUCCGCCACAGGGGGGACCCUGUGGAGCCACCCUAGCCUCCCAGGCAGAGCCAGGAACGCCUCCAUCCUGAGCGCGCUGCUGCGGGUCCCCGACAUUGAUGCCGACGGCUCCCCGGACUUGCUGGUUCUCACCCAGGAGGGAACGGAGGUCAAAGGCUACAUGUACUCGGGCAGCACCGGACAGCAGAUUGGCCAGCCAGGCAGCCUCAGUGUGGAUAGGAUGAGUGGUGGCCCCCUACACGUCACCAGGGCCGAUGCCCACUAUGUCCUCUUCCCCUGCGGAGGGUCCCUGUGCGGCUCCUCCAUGAAGGCCCUGUCCGAGGAGGUGAUUGGAAGGGAGAGCCCGCUGAGGAGGGACCCCGAGUGGGAGGCCAUCCUCAAUGCCAGCGCACACAGCCUGCAGCUACGCAGCGCCGGGGCCAUCCGCUACCUGGUGAAGGUCCCCGAAACAGCGGGCCAGGACCUGCUACUCGUGGGCUCAGAGGCGUGCGUGCUGCUGGACGGACAGAAGCUGGCACCCAGGUGGAUCUUCCACGCCAGCCAGGUCCUGAGGAAACCUGUCUUUGGCCACUACAAGCCAGAUGCCUGGGCUGUGGUCAUCGAGAAUGGCACCAGCACUGACAGACAGAUCCUGCUUCUGGACCUCAGUUCCGGAGCUGUUCUGUGGAGCCAUCUGCUCCCCCGCUCGCCGGGAGACCUGCACUCGGCCAGCCUGCUGACUGCAGACCACCGCUCCGCCUUCUUCUUCUGGGGCCUCCACCGGCCUGUUGGCACCAAUGAGACGGAACCCGUGGAGGCCCAGCAUGGCCUGUACAUGUUCCACCCCAUGCUGCCCAACGUCCUGCUGCAGCUGACCAACGUCUCAGCUCCCAUCAUCGCCUUCCGUGCCGUCCUCCUGGAGCCCGGCCGUCACGCUGCCUGUGUGGUCCUGACCGGCCCCACCAGCCCGGAAGCCUCGGGCCUGGUCUCCGUGACCAAGUACGGGGUCCGGGCCCUCGUCUCCGCCAGCCGGGUGGUCCGCCUGGCCCAGGGUGAGCAGGACAGCGAGGAGGCCAUCAAGGAUCGGUUUUCCCGUCUGCGCUACUGGCGCGAGAGCUAGACGCCAACACGGCCGCGGAUGUGUGAGCUGCAGAAUUAAACUCGGGGAGGCCGCCCCAGUCCCCUCUCUGCACUGACUCUUGCCUGACCUGGUGCCGUGGCCUGCGGGACCCUCCCUGAGGGUCUCUCCCUCUCCUCUCCUGCUGCCUUCUGGCUCCGCACCAGGCUCUGUGCUGGACUCGGCUGCUCCGGCUCCCCCCACCCCCUCAGCCUCCGCGCACCUGCCUCGCACCCGGGAGCCUUCUUCCCCCUCCUGCUCCUUCCUCCUCUUCCUCUUUCUCCUGCCACUGCUCCCUUCCUUACGCCUCUUCCCUCUCUUCCUCCUCUCCCCCCCCCCCCAUGCUAACCCACAGCUCUCCAAUGGCUCAGGGGCAGCUGGCUGGGACCGGAGGUGUUGCCAUGGGUGUGCCUGCAGUGCCCCUGGACCCAGUCUGGGAGCGGGGGCUUGGGAGAGCCUCUCCCUAGCAGGAUGGGGUGUGGUGAGCUGCUUGGUACCCAAAGAAUUGACCACAGAGGACCUCAGGUCCUGAGCUCAGAGCUCCUGAUCUGUGCCCCUGCACAACUCGCCGCUGUGCCUUGUUGCGCCCAAGGCCACCCUGUGCCCUGUCCCCUGGGGCAGACGGGAC